AUGGAGCAAUCUAAUAAGGAGCAUAGGAAGAAGAAGGCUGUGACGAAACGUCAUGUGCAAGGUCACAAUCCAAAGGCCUUCGCUGUUUCUGCACCAGGGAAGAUGGCGAAGGCCAUGCAGCGUACUAGUGAUAAAAAUGAAAAAAAGCUGCAUGUGCCCAUGGUAGAUCGUACUCCAGAUGAUGAUCCUCCUCCAGUUAUUGUUGCUGUGGUGGGUCCUCCGGGUACUGGAAAGACGACACUAAUCAGAUCUCUAGUUCGUAGAUUAACGAAAAGCACGCUGAAUGAGAUUAAUGGGCCUGUCACCGUGGUUUCAGGAAAAAGACGGAGACUAACGUUCUUGGAGUGUCCAGCGGAUGAUUUGAAUUCAAUGAUUGAUAUUUCUAAGAUUGCUGAUCUUGUGUUGCUGAUGAUUGAUGGAAAUUUUGGGUUUGAAAUGGAGACUAUGGAGUUUUUGAAUUUGGCACAGCACCAUGGUAUGCCUCGUGUAUUGGGAGUUGCAACCCAUUUAGAUUUGUUUAAGUCCCAGUCCACUCUCCGUGCAUCCAAGAAGAGAUUAAAGCAUAGGUUUUGGACCGAAGUUUACCAGGGUGCGAAAUUGUUCUACCUAUCCGGUGUCAUUAAUGGACGUUAUCCUGAUCGUGAAAUCCUCAACCUUUCCCGUUUCAUAAGUGUCAUGAAGUUUAGACCUUUGAAGUGGAGAAACGAGCAUCCAUACCUGUUGGCUGACCGUAUAACUGACCUUACCCACCCAGAGUUGAUAGAGACCGAGGGAUCUCAUAUUGAUAGGAAGGUUGCAAUCUACGGUUACUUGCACGGUACAGCACUACCUAGUUCUCCAGGCUUUAGAGUGCAUAUUGCUGGUGUUGGUGAUUACAGCAUCGGCAGUGUGGAAAAGUUGCCUGAUCCAUGUCCAACUCCACACUUCCAACAAAAGCUUGAAGAAUAUGAACGUGAAAGAGCGAAGGAGGAGGGAACUACAUCUACUGCAACCGGAGGCCGUAGACGUAAGAGACUUGAUGAUAAUCAAAAGCUUAUAUAUGCUCCUAUGUCCGAUGUUGGUGGCGUGCUAAUUGACAAGGAUGCAGUAUAUGUGGAUAUAGGUGGAAAUAAAUCUUCAGUCCCCGAUGAAGAGAAGGGGGAAAGGGAAAAGCUACUCAGCGGUUUACAGCAUGUUGAAAAGAGCGUUAGCGAGAGGUAUGAUGGAGUUGGUUUUCAACUAUUCAGCAACGGUACAGAAAUACACGCGAAGGCUGAUGAAAGUGAUGAAGACGACGAGGAAGAUGAAGAGAACGAAUUAUCUCCUGAAAAUGGCAACAAGGGACGUACAUCUCUUAGAAAACCUAAGAUUUAUGGCAAGUCAAUUCAAGAAGAUGAUGAUGCCAUUGAUGGUUUAGAAUCUGAUGACGACGAAAACGCUAAAUUAGAAGACGAUGGGUCCGAAUACGUUUCUAAAAAGGUCGAAAUUGACUUUGGUGAGGGAAAUGACUCCGACUUCGAGUAUGCAUCCACUGAUGAUGAAAUGACUUGGGAGCAAUCAACAGCCUCCAAGCUGAAUACUCAGAUACAAAGGAAGCGCAAGUGGGAUAUUGGUAAGCUUAUCUAUAUGGAUAACAUUGAACCUUCUGACGCAAUUAGAAGAUGGAGAGGUGAGUUAUCUAAUACUGAAAUCGAGGAAGCCAUAGAAGAAGAUCCCGAAGAGGAGUUUUUCACCAAGAAAGGUUCCUUUAAGAAGGAUUCUUCAAAAGCCUUUAAUCCAUUCGAUCUUGAAGUUUUCGCUCAACGUUUUGAUAGCAUCGAAGAAUUAGAAAUGAAGUGGCAAACCAUUGAUGCUAUCAAGAAUAGAUUUAUUGGGGCACCAAAUAUGGAGACGGCCUCUUCGGAUCAAAAAGAAGAUGGUGACGAAAAGGAAGAGUUAUACGGUGAUUUUGAAGAUUUGGAAGCAAAUGAGGAAGCACAAACUGCUGAUAAAGAAGAAGAACAGAGUGAUAAUGAAUCUGACGAUUCCUUUGCAGAUUUCGAGAUUGAAGAGAAGAAGGAUCUCACCCAGGAUGAGGAGCGUAGCUUGAAUGCAGCCAAAAAAGAGAAGCUGAGACUACAGUUUGAAAUGGAAGAGGGCGAUAACUUUAAAGAAGAUGAUCCUGAUAACGAGUAUGACACAUGGUAUGAGCUUCAAAAAGCUAAGAUAGCCAAGCAAUUAGAAAUCAACAAUGCCGAACUAUCUUCUAUGACCCCAGAGGAACGUCAACGUAUCGAAGGUUUUAAAGCAGGCAGCUACGUGCGUAUUGUAUUUGAUAAACUUCCAAUGGAAUUUGUUGAGAAUCUAGAUCCUAAAUUCCCAAUAGUGCUAGGUGGUUUGCUAGCCACUGAAUUAAAAUUCGGAAUCAUAAAUGCAAGAAUAAGAAGACAUCGUUGGCACAAGAAGAUUUUAAAGACAAAUGACCCACUGGUUGUAUCUUUAGGUUGGAGGAGAUUCCAAACUAUGCCAAUUUAUACUACAUCUGACUCACGUACCAGGACAAGAAUGUUGAAAUAUACACCUGAGCACGCUUACUGUACUGCGAGCUUCUACGGACCAUUAUGUUCCCCAAAUACCACUUUCUGUGGUGUUCAAAUCGUCGCCAAUAGUCAAACCACAGGUAGUUUCAGAAUCGCCUCCACCGGUAUUGUUGAAGAGAUCGACAGUAGUGUGGAAAUUGUGAAGAAGCUGAAGUUGGUUGGAUACCCUUACAAAAUUUUUAGAAACACUGCAUUUAUUAAGGAUAUGUUCUCAAGCGCUAUGGAGGUCGCUAGGUUCGAAGGUGCCCAGAUAAAAACUGUCUCUGGGAUUCGUGGUGAAAUUAAAAGGGCAUUAUCUAAACCAGAAGGCCACUUUAGAGCAACAUUCGAAGACAAGAUCUUGAUGAGUGACAUUAUCAUUUUACGAACUUGGUACCCUGUUGAAGUCAAGAGGUUCUACAACCCUGUUACAUCGUUAUUGAUGAAGGAAAAAAAAGAGUGGAAAGGUUUAAGACUGGUCGGCCAAAUUAGAGCUGAACAGGGCCUUGCAGCUCCAUCAAAUCCGGAUAGCGCCUACAAGAAGGUUGAAAGGGCUGAAAGGCAUUUCAACGGUCUAAAGGUUCCUAGGUCAAUUCAGAAAGACUUGCCUUUCAAAUCUCAGAUACACCAAAUGAAGCCACAGAAGAAGAAGACAUAUCUAGCAAAGAGAGCUGUCGUACUGGGUGGUAAUGAGAAGAAAUCGCGGUCCUUCAUGCAGAAGGUCUUCACUCUAGCCAAUGCUAAAGAAGAAAAGCGUAAAGCUAAGAAGGCAGAAGACGGAAAGAAGAGGCUGAAGCGACUAGCUAAGGCCGAAGAAGCCAAGGCCGAGAAGGAAAAGCAGAAGCGGAAAGACUACUUCUCCGCAACAGGCAAAAAGAGGCAGCACACUAACGAUGAUGACCACUCUGGAUCGGCAAGGAAAAAGAGGUGA